AUGUUUAACAUUUUUGGUUUAUCAAAAUAUAACAAUAACUAUAAUAACAAUUAUAAACUAUUAGUUGUUGAAACAAAUUCAAAUUUUUUUAAAACUUUUAGAAAGUAUAAACUUUACUUUUUAACAACUUUCGCUAUGGUUUUAUUAUUUUCGUCAUUUUUGGCGGCUUUAACUGUUGCUCCAAAGUUAUCGUCUGCUAAAGAUACUUCAAAUUCUGAAACUGAAACUUUACCAACUUCUAUUGUUCAAGAUAGAACUGGUAUUAUUAAAUCUGCUGAAGAUCAUGAAUUAGACUAUAAUAAUGAUAAUAGAUUAGCCUCUAAACAAUUUUUUGAACUAUUACAAGAUACUAAUAAUACUUUUUAUGAUGAAGAAAACGGUAUCUUAGGUACUAGUUUCUUUUCUCAAAAUGUCUUCAGUAGACAACCUUAUGUUGCAAAUGGUUACAUUGGCUCGAGAAUUCCAAAUGUUGGUUUAGGUUACGCUAGAGAUGAAAUAACUUUAUUUACUAAUGAAUCUGCUGCUUUAAACAAUGAUUGGCCUCAAUUUAAUCCAAGGUAUGCUGGUUCCUUUGUCGCAGAUUUCUAUGCUUUAGAAGAACAUCUAACAAAGACUAAUUAUCCAGAAUUAGAUGACAAAGGUUAUCCAAAUAUUAUCGCUUCUAUUCCAGAUUGGACUGAUUUACAAUUUAAGAUUGCUAAUACUCCUUUAUGGUUCAAUGCUUUGAAUGUCACUGCUGAUCAAGUCACUAACUAUUCUCAAAAUAUGUCGAUGAAUAAUGGUAUUGUUAACACUACUAUGGAUUGGUUAGAUGGUUUAUUACAUGUUUCUUCUCAAAUUAUUGCUCAUAGGGAUAUUUACCCAUUGGGUUUCGUUAAUCUAGAAGUCUCUUUGAACACUGAAAAUUUGCCAGCUAACUUUACUGAAUGUCCUUUGGAAUUUUUUGAUAUUUUCAAUCACAAUACCUCAUGGAGAACUUACUUACAAGAUUCGGGUUAUGAUGAAAAGAACGGUGGUAUCUUUAUGGUCGUUGAACCAGAUAAUGUUCCAUACAAUAAUGCUGCGUUAUUCUCUACUGCUGAACUUGAACUUCUUUCUUCUACUGGUGAUGUUGCUAAUAAUGUUUCAUUCAGUGCCAGUGAAAGUAACUUAGCUGGUAUCGCUUCUCAAACUGCUAAUGUAACUUUAACUAAAGAAAAUCCAAAGAUUAUUGUUAGAAAAUAUGUCGGUGUCAUGUCUUCAACUUUCAGUUUAACCAACAGUAGUAACUUAGAUACUGCUGCUUCUUAUGCUAAUGAAUACAAGGGUCAAUAUACCCAAUUAUUAGCUUCUCAUGAUGCUGCUUGGGCUGAACUUUACGGUGAUGCUAAGAUUGAAAUUCCAUCUGAUUCCUUUUUGGAAUUAGCCGCUAAAUCAUCUCUAUUCCAUUUAUUGGCCAAUAGUAGACCUAACAAUGUAACUCAAGAAAGAGGUAUGUUAAUGCCAGUUAGUGGGUUAUCCUCUGACUCUUAUGGUGGUUUGGUUUUCUGGGAUGCUGAUAUGUGGAUGACUCCAGCUCUAUUACCAUUUGCUCCAAAGGUCGCCAAAAACAUUAACAGCUACAGAAAUGCCACUCAUCACCAAGCUCAAUUAAACGCAAGAGAGUACGGUUAUGCCGGUGCUGUUUACCCAUGGACUUCUGGUGGUUUUUCCAAUUGUACUUCAACUGGUCCAUGUGUUGAUUAUGAAUACCAUCUAAACAUUGAUAUUGCUUUCUCAACUUUGUCGUUAUUCUUAAGUGGUGCUACUGAAGACUUAAACGAUGAUUACUUGAGAUAUACUACUUGGCCAUUGGUUAAGGAUGCUGCUGAUUUCUUCACUAGUUUCGUUAAAUUGAAUAGCCAAACUGGUAAAUAUGAAACUCUAAACACUACAGAUCCAGAUGAAUAUGCUAACCACGUUGACAAUGGUGCUUAUACUAACACUGGUAUUAAGACUUUGAUGAAAUGGGCUACUGAUAUUGGUACUCAUUUGAAUGAAUCUGUCGACUCCAAAUGGAUGGUUAUUUCUAACAACAUGGUCAUUCCAAGAGCUGAAUCUGGUAUUACUUUAGAAUAUACAGGUAUGAACAGUAGUGUUGAAAUUAAACAAGCUGAUGUUACUUUAGUGGUUUAUCCAUUAGAUACCAUUGACGAUCCAAUCAGUGCAGCUUACGCUAUUAAUGAUUUAUACUACUACUCUGGUAAACAAGCCGCUUCUGGUCCAGCUAUGACAUACCCUGUGUUUGUUGCUGCUGCACAAAGUCUAUUAAACCACGGUUCAUCUUCUCAAUCAUACUUAUACAAGGCUAUUGUACCAUACAUGAGAAUGCCAUUCGCUCAAUUCAGUGAACAAUCUGAUGAUGAUUAUGAUACUAAUGGUAAUCUAAACCCUGCUUUCCCAUUCUUAACUGGUAAUGGUGGUGUUUUGCAAAGUAUUGUCUUUGGUUUGACUGGUAUUAGAUACUCUUAUGAUAUGAACAACCAUACAAAAAAAAUGGAUAGAUUCUUAAAGUUCGAUCCAACUGAGUUAGGUACUCUACCUCAAGGUAUAGCAAUCAGAGGUUUCCACUACAUGGAUAAUGUUAUUGAUUUCAUUAUUAAUGAUACUAACGGUACUGUCGUUAACAAGCAAGGUAACAACUCUAUUACCAUCAUGGUUCCAAACAGAGACAAGUAUGAUGACACUAAUGUUCAUUUCUAUACUCCAUCUAAUAACACUUUGAAACGUCGUUCAUACUGUCAAGUUAAAGUCGCCGAUGAAGGUAUUUACUACACUAUUAACCCAGGUCAAGAACUAGUCAUUCCAGUUUACAAGCCAUUGCUAUCUGUUAAAGGUAAUCUAGCCGAACACAGACAAAUUACCAACUUAACAAGUGGUGUUGCUGGUGAUGUCGGUCUAUCUGCUGUUGAUGGUAAUAAUUACACCCACUGGCAACCAGUUGACAAGAACAACGCUAAAUUAUUGAUCGACCUAGGUUCUGAACAACAAAUCAACAAGGGUUACAUUGACUGGGGUAGCAGACCAGCCAAGAACAUUUCUAUCUCUAUUUUGCCACAUUCUGAAUUACUAGAGUCACUAUUUACAAAUGUUACUUCCAUUAUCGAAAAUAGUAAUGGUACUACUGAAGAAGCUACCGCUGAGGCCUUAGCUUAUUUGGAACAAUAUAUGUCGUCUGGUAAUGGAUCUAUCUCUGGUACAUGCAGCUCUGAUAUUUCUGAUAUUCUAAAUUGGAAGUUAGGUUCGUUCAAUAACAUGAUUCAAUCCUUACCAGAUAUUGAACCUUUACGUGAAACUUUUAUUACAAUUGUCGAUAACCAAAAUGUUGUUCCUUCUCUGCCAUACUAUUCUGAACUUGCUGUCACUGAAGAAGUUGUUUUAUUACCAGGUAAUAUUACUACUUUCAAUGUCGAUUACAGCAAGGUUAAAUACGACACAUCUUUAAGUUGUCUACCAGGUGCUAGUUCCGAUGAUUGGAAGAAGGCAAGAUAUGUCGUUGUUUCCGUACAAGGUACUUACGACAAUGACACUUAUCCAUAUGGUGCCACGUUGAACGAAAUUAUUUUACAAUCCUAG